AACAGGUUUAGCUGUCAUGGCUACUGGAAAGACUUUCCUCGCUAUCCUUUAUCUGCUUCUAUACAGCUGUUUCUGCACAGCUGAAAUUAGCAUGAAACAAGUCAGUCAAGUGGAGAAGGGCAUGACAUUGUCUAAAGAGCUUAUCCAACGGGUCAAUGAUGUGGCUGAAAUUAUUUCAGAAAAAAGGGACACAGUAAACAAAGUCCUCCAAGUCUUUAGUUCUCUUGGCAAAGUCGCAGCAAGUUUUGGAUUUAUUGGGGCAUUAAUUAGCUUCAUCUUUGCAUUCAUUCCACAAUCUAAUCCAGUACUUGUGUUCAUGAAGGAACAAUUUGCAGAAGUCAACCGUAAACUCGACUCUCUCUUCCUUCAAAUUUCCACCCUGCAAACAGAAAUGGAAUGGACAAACUAUGCAAGCAUUUAUGGUAAAGACGAGAAUGUGAUCAAGAACUCCUGGGCCAAGUUAACAGAAUUCAUAAAGUCUGCUCCUGCUGAAUCCACAGAGGAACAGAAGACCAGGCUGGCUGAGAGGUUCACCAAUUUCUAUGAAAACACUGGCACAGAGAACAGUGUUGCUAAUUUCUACAGAUACAUCACUGAGAACAAUCCUGUCAGCUUGAAUAAGAAUCUCCUACAGCUCGUCAUUGAGAAAUCCAAUGGUGAUUUUAAUGUCCUGGUUCAAUACUCCACCUACUUCACCACUCUGAUGGUUUCAGGACUGAAGUUAAAUGUGUUUUAUUACAAACUAAAGGGCUAUGAUGCUGAAGUAAAGGCAAAAGAAGCAGUCACACAACUGUCCAACACUUUAUCAGCCAUACAGGAUGCCUUGAUUGAGUGUGCCGACGACUUUGAGACAUGGGCUCGAAAGGAUGCUGUGAAACUUGGCAGUCAACGAUUCUCAAAAAGCAAAGAACUAGCUACAGAUAUUAAGAAACAUUUGGAGAGCAAGUUCCACUGGUUCAAAUGGAUAGUAAUUGCCCACUCAAAUGAUGUUAAAAAUGAGUUUACCUUUGGACAGUCAAUUAACUUUUAUGCUCAAGAAAAGACAUCAGUUCACAUAAUUCAUCAAGAAAAGGGCUCUGUUGUUGAUCAAAGCACUAAGGGAUCCAUUAAAUCCAGUUUGCAAAAAGAAAUAACAAGUUUGAGCAUUACCACGCAGUGUUUAACAAUGAAGGAGGAGCUGCUCAGCAGGUUUGGUGCUAAAGUUAUCAGCCACAUACAGUUUCUUCAUGCAGUUACAAAACCAUCAGAUUAUGCACAGACAGAUGUGGCGGAUAUUGAGAUGAGCUGUAUACCAUACAUUUCCAAUAGAGACUUUAAUUUCUUCCUCAAAGGAAAUAGUUUCAAGCCUUCCUGCUCAAACGCAAAUUGUAACCAUGGAGAAUGUAAACCCAUCAAGGGCACCACACAAGGAUUCUGUAAGUGCCAUAAGAUGUUCCACGGUCCAGCUUGUGAGGAAAGCAUCCAAAAUAUAAUUGACUAUGCAGCUCUUGAAGGUGAAAUCGAUGGCAUGGUCAUUAAACCAGUCCCUGAUCUGACAGCAAUUUAUUUUAGUGUCAAGGAUCUGAAGGAUUACACUAAAGAAAUAGUUGAGUCUGUCCGACAUGAGAUCCAGUGGACACAAAUUUUUGUGAAAUACAACCUUGUGAUUGAGAAGUUUCGCUAUAUCAAUGCAUUACGUUCUCAACUUAAAAACAGUACAAUAACCCAACGCCACUACGUUUCUGAAGUUGGAGCUCAGUUCACAGGGGGACAGUCUUUUCAAUUUUAUCUCUCAGGCUUUCACCACAUGAUGAUGGGCACUGGAUUUGGAGUCAAACAAAAUAUUCUGGAUAUGUUUCGCAAGUCGCUGGUCCAGGACUCACAAAGUCAGUCUGGUGAGCUAGAAGAGUGCUCAAAAAACUACAGUGACAAGAUUGAUUAUUUUGUGCGCUACAUGUUUGCCCUUGAAAAGGAAGCUGUUUUGGCUUGGUCAAAAUAUUUAAUGGUCACUGAAAAAUCAGAGAACAUUGAUUUUGUUGGGAAGUUAUUUCAGAAGUAUAUCUCACAGCAGUGGAAACUCUUCAAUAAAAAUGGAUGUGGCCCUCUAAAGGCUGCGGAUCUUCAGAACAACUACUGCGAGAAGCACUACCACAGCACAGCCGGGCAGCAGGUGAAAAUGAAAUGUGGUGGAUCAUACAAGCCCUUCCCCAAGAUUGCGGUGUGCUCUGGAGGAAAGUGGAGUGCCCUACCUGUGUGCUACUCUGAGCAGGUAAACGGACAAGUCGAGUGCAAAUCUGAAGGUGGAGCCACUGUCUGCAAGGCCUCGUGCUCAUCUGGCUGGGGCUCUGCCACACACCCUCAGCCAGCUGAGUACAAGUGCUCACAGUCGCCCUGUCCAUCCUUCAUACCACACAAGUGUAACGACUGCACACAUAACAGCGUUUGUAAGGACAAUGAGGUCUGCACUCGCACCUUUGGCACAUGUCGUGACGCAUGCCUGGUCAAACCCUGUGGAGUGAACGCCAAAUGCUCCUCCUUCAAUCACGACAGGAGCUGCACCUGUGUGAGCCCGUGGAAAGGAGACCCAUCCCGGGGCUGCAGGAGUCAGGAUCUCCAGUGGGUUCAGACCAGAGGAGUGCCCACCAAUGCUGUUCGUUCUAACACCAAACUUCCGGUGUGCAAAGCCAUUGGACCUGAUGGCGGGUGGCACAGUGGAUUUGUAAAGGAUCAAUACUGUACCUAUGAAUAUGACUGGGGAACAAAAUGGGCCAGUAGCUAUGAGGUUCUGGUUGAUCCGUGUGAAGGACGUGGUUGGAAAUGGAUGGAGGGGGCACAGUCAGGCAUGGUCUCGUAUGACAAAUCAAAGAGGUUUCCAGGAGUUAAAUACUUCGUGUGUAGUGCGAAGAGUAAUGGAUAUGUUGGGAAGCUUUUCAACACACGACAUGGCUUUCUGUGCCAUAUUCCCAAGAACAAAGAUACCAGGCAUGGAAGUUUCUAUUCUUUGGUUCCACAACCAUGCAUCUGAAGACACUUUUCCAUGAUUCCCUGUUUAGUGCUUAAGUUUCUCCAGCUCAUUUUUCAAGCUUAAUUGGUGGAUCAAAAUACACAGAUGGAAAGGAGUUUAAACAUUUCGCAAAACAUUUAAUCAAGUGGUAUAAACACAUGCUUUUUGUUAGUCUUUUUAUUUGGUUGUUUUUCAGCGUGGUCUUUUUAAAAGUAAAAAAAGUUCGAAAAAUGUAUUAGACAUUGAAUUUUGAUGAAAGUGAGCAAGUGGAGUACAUUUCCACCUGCAGGAUAUUAAUGUGUGUUUGCAGUAAAAUUUAAUGUUCUCUGCGCAGUCAAUACUAUAAACUCAAUGCCAUAAUGUAAAAUUUGAGUAUGCAAAUUCCAAUGAAAAAUAAUUGCUUCAAUAAACGUUACUAGAUGCA